UCCGAGCCGGACGGGUUUCGUAAUCGCGUCGCUGCCGCUUCCGCCCUCCGCCAGCCCCACCUCUGCCGGCCCGCCCUCGCUCCCCCACCGCGCCGAGGAGCUAGCCGGGGAACCCCUCACCGGCGGCCCCGGAGCCGGACACCCCCGCCCCCCACCAGCUGUAGGUGGACGCCUUGAUGCCGGAGAAGAGCAGGGUUGCAACUCUGAGGAAGACAUAACCUUGUGCCUGCCUGCCCACUUCUCUGUCUCUGGCCCUGUUAAUCUCUCAGGAUCUGAGACGCUGACCUUCAUUGUUCAGCAAAGAGUUCUGAAGAUUCUACUUUCUCUAGACCCAUCCAGCUGAAAGAACCCAGGGUGUUGUUACGACUUAGAAGAGUGAGGAGUGGGUGGUCAAGGCACCAGAGCAAGAGCCCUCUGGGGCCCAGACAGAGGAGUGAAGCUGGAACCAUCAGGGAACAUGAGUGAAUUUUGGCACAAACUGGGCUGCUGUGUGGUAGAGAAACCCCAGCCGAAGAAGAAGAGAAGACGGAUUGACCGGACCAUGAUUGGGGAACCAAUGAAUUUUGUCCACCUGACUCACAUUGGCUCUGGGGAGAUGGGGGCCGGAGAUGGACUCGCCAUGACAGGUGCAGUUCAGGAGCAGAUGAGGUCCAAGGGAAACCGAGACAGGCCAUGGAGUAAUUCUCGGGGCUUGUAGCUCCAACAGGAAUGGUUUUGCUGUCUUGAAGCCCCCAUUCUGUGUUCAGCCUAGAAGAAAUGCUGCCCCCACCAGAUGCCUCCUAGAACCAGUGACCCAAGGGCCCCUCUUUUCCCUAUCUGCCUAACAGUGCCUCAAAAGGCUUAGGGGGCUGGACUCCCUCUACUCCCUCUGGCUGUAGCCCCUCCUGGAGAUGGGGUCAAGGCAGCAGGACUGACCAAGUGACUACUGGUUGGCCAGAGGCAUUCAGCCGAAACCGUGGACAUCCUCAGAUCUGAGAUAGGAGUUCUGGGAGCCUGGAAUGAGUUCCCUUUUCCUGAAUGAUGGUCUGGGUACCACUUAUUUUUAAACUCUUAACCUGGAACUCCUUAAAUGGGGUAGGUGGGUGACAUAACCAAAGCUGAUGCCAGUUUUGCCAAGAAGCUCCCUACCUCCCUGCCUUUCUCCUCUUUCUUCCUGGAAUGAACUAAAGCAGAUGUUAAGCCGAGCAGGUGACUACUGCCUAGCCUACUCUUUUUCUUUAGAUUUCAGACCUUAAGCUCACAGCCUCUCAAUCCCUCUGCCAACACCAGAGUGUUUCUCUAGUUAGGCUUCUAAUGCUAUGUUUCUGUAGCAUUACUAGUUUCCCAGCAACUUUCCUUUUUUAAAAAAAUUAAUUAAAAAUUUGAGUUCUCUUAAUUAUCUCCAUCUACUUCUAUUGCUAUUCCUUCUGCCUUUAACCCUAUCCCUGUUAGGAACCUUAUUGUUUCCCAUUGAAUAAGUGUUAAUCUGAUGACAUUCCAUGUAAGUCUUGGGGAGCUUGGCCUGCCCUCUGCCACCCUCCCUGCUGGCCCAGGUGAGAGGAGGAAGAGAGGUCAGGAGAGAAAUCCAGAAUGCAACAAAACUAGGGGUUAUAUAUCAGGGUAGACUUCUGACUAUUGAGGAUGGGAGGGGUGGUGAGAUAAAUAGGUUGAAAAUAAUCAUCUUCGAGUUUAGGGGUCUCAUGAUCCUCACAGAUUGGAAACAGGGAGAGGCUCUAGAACAAGGUCUCUCAAUCUAGACACUUUUUAACAUUUUCAGAUGGAUAAUUCUAUGUAAUGGAGAGCUGUUUUGUGCAUUGUAGGUUGUAUAGCGGCAUGCCUGGCCCACCCUAGUUAUGACAACCCAAAAUGUCUUCAGAUGUUGCCAAAUGUCUCCUAAGGGCAAAAUUGCCUCCAGUUGAGAACUGUAGCUCUAGAGUCAAAGAUACUUUUCUCUUAAGUGAUUUCUACCCUGCACCCUGUCUUCAUCCCAUUAUUCACCUUAAGCCUGAGCCAUGGAUGAACUAGGACUCCUUGUAAAUUAGGCUCAAUAGGGCUGCACAUAAUUUCUAAACAAUUCUUUAUUCAGCGUGUUGCUUGUGCUUGUGUGGUCUCAUGUCUUUGUGGUAGACAUGUACUAUGCUUCUACAUUCUUGUCCCCUGGAAGAGGGGUUCCUGCAGUGUCGAGACAUGAACAGGGUAUUGUAGGAUAGGGGUAAGGGGAGAGAAGAGCAGUAGAGACACCCCAGCUUAUCCUCCCCAAAUUUUCAGUUCUAUUUCUGUGCCCUGGUCCUAAAACCAGAUACAAAUAAGACUCAGGGAGUUUUGUCUGAAGACCAGGUCCCGCUGCCCACCUGGCUGAAAAGUCUGCUUUAGGUAAGAAAGCAAUGUAGGAGCAGGGUCUUUAGGCACUUUCAGUUUUCUCAGGUGUUUUUUGUUCUGGCCCUUUCCUUGCAGGCUAAUUAGGAAGGCAGAACAAGAUAGAUGAACUCCUGCCUGCUCUGAGACAAGAAGGCUGGAGUCUCUUAUUAUCUCUGCAGCCAGAAGCAUCCUCGUUUAUGGUAGUGGGGGUCAGGAAUGUGGGAACUGGUAUGCACUCUCCUGAUUCUACCAUCCAUCCAGUUUGCUCCCACCUAUAGUACAGUGACUGAGGUUCUAAUUUUUUUAAAUUUUGGUGUAUUUCCUGCUGCUUUUCAAGAUUGGUCAUAGAAUUACAUUCCCAAUUUACUCUUAGUUUCAGUCUAGCUAGUUGCUCUGAUCAAUAGCCUGAGUGUUACACUAGAGAUCUAAAAUGUUAACAGGAUAGGGUAGAAAGGUUGUGGACUCCCAGAAUCUCUGGUCACCAUGAUCUUCAGCCUCAUUCUAAUACCUGUUCUUUGGACACAGUCUUCUCUUUUCUUUGGUGCUCUUUUGCCUUUAGCUACCUUCUCUAAUGUGUAUGCUACGAUCACUUUAACAAUAAAGUGAUGGGAAUGGGUUUGAGAGUCAUAAUUUAUAUUAAAAAAUUGUUGGACUUUUAAAUACAUUUUUCAAAUAAAAACAUUUAAGCAAAACA